UCCGACUCCCGAUUCUGUCAACUCUGUGUUCAAAAGGUGAACACAAACUAUGGAUUUUACUAUUGCUCCAAAUGCGAUUUCGUUGCCCACCUCGAUUGUGCUGCGGACUACAGAAAUAGGGAGAACAUAAAUUUGCAGGAACUUAAAGAGGGGGAGAAUGAAGAUCCAGAGCUCGAUCAAUCUGUUGGCUCAGCAGCUUACAAAGUCAAAAAUAUCAAAGAGAGGGAGGACGGAACUGAAAUAGCCAUAGAAAUUCGACACUUCAGUCAUGAGCAUGGCUUAAAGCUUUCGGAUGAUGAGGUUCUAGAUAAUGAAAAAUGCAACGGGUGCGUACAAGCAAUUUCCCCUCCCUUUUACAGUUGUUUAAAUUGUAGCUUCUUUCUACAUGAAUCUUGUGCUAAAUUACCUAGAAAAAAACGACACCCAUUUCAUCAACACUUACUCACCCUCUUCCAUGUGAAUACGACAUUUGAGUGUUAUGCCUGUAAACGUAAUUUCAAUGGCUUCAUCUAUUGGUGUGGUAUAUGCCAGUUUAAACUUGAUUUUCAAUGUAGUUUAAUCUCAAACAUCCUUACCCACCCUGGUCAUGAGCAUCAACUUCUUCUCUCAAGCAUAGAAUCUAAACAUAAUUGCAGUUGUUGUGAUUCUAAAAUUUCCCCAAUAUUCCGUUGUACCACUUGCAAAUUUGCUUUGGAUUUCAAAUGUGCAACACUACCACAAACUGCAAGGUACAAACAACAUGAGCAUCCCUUCACUCUCCGUUAUACUGCUGAAGAUGAAUCCAGUGAAUAUUAUUGUGAUAUCUGUGAAGAAGAACGCAACUCAAAGCAUUGGUUCUACUAUUGUGCAAAUUGCGAUUAUCCUACACAUACCAAAUGUAUUCUUGGAAAAAACCCAAAUGUCAAGUAACGCAUAUGAUGGUCACCUAUUUGGAGGUGUUAACACAUUUGACUGUCACCCACACACCAUUACUUUGAUUGAGGAAAUUAUAGACUGCCCUCGAUAUACUAGUUCUUGCAAAGAGUUGAUCUAUCAAUGGGCCCAAUGUAAUUUCUAGAUGCACUUUUAUUGUUUAUAGAAAGAAAAAUAUUGUUUAAAUUUUUAUUCUAUACUAAACAUAGUACACAGAAUUUUUGGUGCAUGAAAUCUGUAAUUCUUAUUCUAUUUAUUUUAUUUUAUUUACUUUUGAACUUAAGCUUAGCUUAUUAGGAUUGUUGUUUCGUA